AUGCACCCAUCGACCUGGGCAAGAUAUUGGACGCGGCAAUCACUAGGGGGGGAUCUUGAGCAACCAGAUCCCGGCGCGUCCGACCCAGAGGAGUUGGCUCAGGACUCCGACCUCUCUGAUCCAUCCGACUCAUCAUCCAACAUGCAUUUGGAUUGUGAAGGGGGCAGGGAUGGGCUAUGCGCUGCUGGCGCAAAAAUGGAUGGCAAGGGUGGAGGUAACUGCGGCGCACCACCACAGGGGACGGGCGCAAAGACUUUGUCGACUUUGUCAGCCACCAGCCACCAGCCAAACUCCAAGGCUCGCUAUGAGGCAAAGAAGCGCGUCAAAUAUUGGGAGAAGCGCGCCAAAGCAUUGGAGCAGGUGGGGGCAUCGGUCAAGUUGGUUUCAAUCUGUCGCUGGGCACAAUCCCGCCAGGUACCUGCAGGAAUCAAUCUCAGGGAAUUUGGCCACACAUCCACUGCCUACCUUGGCAUACACGGCCAGGGCUUCAUCUAG